AAAUGAUAUAUCACACCGAAAAUACUGACUACCAGAACCCGCGCCAAAUUGACUGUAGUUAGCUUUGUACACGGCUUGACACAAUACAGAAAGUAAACAAACAACAUAAUACCGGCAGGAAAAGGUGUUUUGUGCGAAAAACAAUUAUAAUUCUGCAAUACAAGGAUGGCUAAAGUACACGAAGCACUAAAACCAAUUCAAUGGCUUAUUGGAACAUGGGAAUCCGUAACGGCGAAGGGAAGCUAUCCGACGAUUAAAGAUUUUUCCUACAAUGAGAUCAUUAAAUUCGAAUCCUUGGGACAACCAUUGCUCAACUACGAGUCAAAUUCCCGUCAUCCCGUAUCCGGUGCUCCAAUGCACCUUGAAAGAGGCUUUCUUCGCAUAAAACCGGGUACCAGUCAGGUUGCGUUCAUGGUAGCACACAACUUUGGAUUGGUAGUGCUGGAGGAAGGAGAAGCGACGGAAAAUGGACUAAAACUAGCUUCGAAGUCUGUCGACCGUAUGUCCUUCGGUAAAGAACCGGCGGUAAAAGCGGUCAUGAAAACAUAUCGCCUUAAUGCGGACGGAACUUUGGAGAUUCAAACGGAUAUGGAGACGGAUAAUACACCGAUGACAAAUCACCUGAAUGUUGUGUACAAAAGAUGUGAAUGAAGAAGCAAGAGGCUGGUCAAUGCAGUUACAGCGUUAGCGGGAAAUGGUUGUGUAAGAACAAAGAUUUAUUUCGUAGCUUAGUCGCAAACGGAUGGUGUUGGGUGGUAAAAACAAAUCACAAUUAUCGAAGUACCUUAUUAAAGCUGGUUGAAUAGUUGGGAAACAGUAG